AUUCGGAAUAAAAAUGGCACAUAAUUCUUUGGCAUGAACUGGAAAUCAUUUAUCACCUGUAUAAUAAUAAUUUUAAUAUAAAGCUUCCUACCUUUCCUCCUUCGAAAUGGAAUUCUUGAUAUUCUUGAUGCUAUACAUCUCAGUCAUUAGCCCGGUGCGAACUUUUUACAAAUUCGUGCUACAACCACACGACGUUACCGCGGUUAGCGGAAGAGACGUUUUAUUACCAUGUCGCAUAGCCUUCGAAGAUAAAAAACUGGUCAGUUUAUCCUCGACAGUAGCUUCCGUCUUGCCGGCCAUGAACGGGGAUAGCGGUGAGGAUUAUUCUAUGAACGUACUCGAGGAUUCCGAACAAGGAAACCGCGGGGAUAUGUUCCCUACUGAAAAAGAUAUUCCGCAAGUGCAGUGGGUUAAAAAUGGCUUCGCUCUCGGCACUUAUUCGGAUAUGCUCGAGUAUUCGUCCAAAAUGUCUAUCAGGGGAAACAUGAAGAAAGGCAUAUUUCACCUGGCGAUCAUAUCAGUGUCUGAGGAAGAUUCUGGAACAUACCAGUGCCAGAUAAGCCCAGCGGAAGAUUAUGACGCUGUAGUUUCUUACAAGGCUAACCUGACUGUCUUAACUCCUCCGGGUAAUCCCAUCAUUUUAAAUGGCCCAUCGAUUCAGGCUAACCAAAAUAGUGUCCUGAAUGUAACUUGCAUGGCCAAAGACGGAUUUCCACCUAAUUCUUUAAAUAUCUAUUUUUCGCCUUCAAACUUCAAGCCCGACCAAUUAAAUCAGAGUUCCUGGGAUGCAUCGAUUACCAAUUCCCGCUUAAAAUGGAUUUACAAGACCGUAUCGAUACGAGCCACAGAAGUGCUCAAUGGGGCCUCCGUCGUUUGCGAGUCCGCUCCUGGACCCACGAAAACUGUACCAAGAUCUCUCAACCUCGUAAAAACAGCUCGUACCUUGCUAGACGUCCGUUACCCUCCCCUCGUAUCUAUAACCGGUCCAGGAAUACACACACCCAUAUCUCCAUCAGUUCUAUUAGUCAGGGAAGGUGCCAAAGUUAAGCUGACGUGUUCAGUCCGCUCCAACCCAUCGGCCCACGAACUCGAUUGGUUCUCUAAUGGGGUACCCUUGGUAACAGGGCGAGAAAACAAGGAGGAUAACACCUUCUCCUACGCUCCCGUCACUAGACACCACCAUGGGGACAGCAUGAAAUGUACUGCUAGAAACGGACUUGGGACAGGCUCGGCUCACGUUACCUUAAAUGUAGAAUAUACACCCCAAUUCGUAACAAGACCUCCCUCAACGUUGCCCAUUGACCUGUCUCAGACAGGCCUUAAUAUCAGCUGUUUAGCUGAUGGAAAUCCUGUUCCAAUUUACUCGUGGAGAAAACUGACGGUCGGUCUUUCUUGGAUCAACUCUAGGAUAGAUCACAUGUUUCGCCACGCGGAUAGUGGACCACCUUUGAUUACUACCCACUUGACUUCCAAUGAUCAAACUGGUAAGGAGGUCUCAUCGGGACCCUACUUGCUCUUUGAUCGCACCACCAAUCGCGACGCCGGCCAUUAUGCUUGUUCAGUCAUUCAAAAGUCAUCGACCGGGGCAUCGUCGCUUACUACUAUAACGACCCAAAGCGAAGUUUUGAUCAAAGGUCCUCCCAUAAUCCAUAAACUAGAUAUCAAAUACGUUAAAAUGGGAAAUAAUGAAAUAGUUGUGCUGUUAGUUUGCGUUAUCCGCGCGGCACCAUUGCUCAAGAGCAUCAAUUGGUACAGUAAGGGCGCAUUACUCAAUCCCAACAACACUAUCCAUGAUAUCAAAAAUAUCUACGACGAAGAAGAUUACUGGGCUAUAAGCUCCCUUACAACCAAUAUACCUAUUGCAUCAGAUAAUUCUUCCGCUUUGAUCGAUUUAUCCUUUACUAAUCUGUCGAUAGCAUUCGAUUGCGAGGCCGUUAAUGCUAGGGGUCGUGACUCUUUGUCCACUAAACUUAGUGGUUCACGCGUAUCCGCCCUUGUAUUAAGACGAGCCCCGCUACGUGAAACUCGAACUGAUUUAGACCGGCCUGGUUCCGCUAGGCUCAAUGAUGUCAUCGUUAAAACGUCCACUAUACCUUUGUCUCGUCUCGAGAAAUCCCUUCCUUGGGUUCUUUCUGGUUUUGGACUCGUCCUCUGUACCUGCUUAGGCGUUGGCGGUCUUUUUUAUGCUCUAGGUUAUAAACGUAGACAGAGCAGAGAACUGUACCGAGAUGGAGACUAUAAAGGCAAAGGUGAAAAAGAUGGAAAAGAAUUUAAACUUGACGAAAACGACGGGAAAGGAAAAAAUAUAGUUGCCCUGUCUGAUAACAGAAAUGGCCAAAGAGAAUCCAAGGAGGACAAAGAUCAAAAGAUCAAAUCGAAGAAUCAAACCAAUAACGAACGUUUAAACACUUCUCUGAACAAAGAUUUCAAAAACAUUUUCAAGGGAGAAAAAGAAAUUUCGAAUAUCGCUGACUCCAAAUAUGUCGGAAAAGCUCCUAAGUUAUCUAUUAAGGAGUAUAAUUUCAUCGAAAAUAUUUCAUCUGAUUCAGCCCUCAGCUGUGAUGGUUCUGAGGAGGCAUCAUCCGAUAAGUCUACCACGAAGAAUGCCAGCCUUGCCCCCACCUCGAUAAACGUUAAUCAACACUCCAUUUCGCCUCUUCGCUUCCUCACCUCUUCCCGCCUCUACCCCGAUAAGGAUAACAGUGGCGGAAGCGAAUAUCGAAUAACAAACUACCCUUAUGCCGUUGAUCCUCUGCCCUUCAUAUCAUCUUCUAGACCUGUCCCAAUGACGUCAUCAAUGACAUCGACUCGUCCAUUUCGAGCAGUGAGAGAUGGAUUGACCAUUUACCACGAAGUCGUCAGGUCUCCUAUGUCACCCCCGCCACUUUCACAUCUUUCAGAGACCUAUACCUCGACCAUGCCAUUUACCCUCUCGCCUUACACCCUUCAAUACGGGAACGAUGACAGACGUUGCCUUAACGAUUAUCACGUAAGCAGUUAUGGUCACAUGUGUAACGAUUAUGAUCUUCUUCGCGGGAGCGAAUAUAGCCGGGAUAACGGGAUUAUACUAAGCCCGAACGUCACUAAACUCGUUUGAAUAUAUAUUGUACGGAAAAAGUGGAAAAUAUUAUAUAAUAGAAAUGAUUCAUAAAUCUACCUUAAAAUAAUUAAAUCCUUUAUUUCCUUAGUCUUAAA